UGAAGUGUAUAAAAUGUAGUCCAUUUUACAUACAACUACAUCUCCCAUAGAGGUAAAGUCCCACUAGCCAAUUACACGCCGCUGUCUCAUCCGGGUAUUCUGGCUACACUGGCUCUCAGCCAAGCUCGAAGCUCCACAGGAUGAACUGACGAAAGUAAAUAAAAUUAGCGGUUUAAUAUUUGUAAUUAAUUAUUUUUUUAAACAAACAAACAAUAAUCUAUUUAUUCUAUUUAUUUAGUUCACAAUAUUGGAUACGUAAUGCCGUAGAAACGACAAUCCAUUGAAAAUAAUCUAAAAGUAGUGUUUCUGUGUGACAUAUAUCCGGUUACUCGUGAGACCGGAAGAGGCGGGGCUUAUUUUUCCAUGGCGCGUCAUAGUCGAGCGGAUACAGCUUAUAAACAGAUGAUAAAUAAUAAUAUAAAAAUAUAAUAUAUAAUUUUGCAUCCGUUUUAUUUUCGUGAGCGUUGCAUAUUUAUAUUAUAUAUAUUAUUUAAUUUGAUUUGGCUGUAGGCGCGCGGGUGUGUUUGAGCGGAUUAGCCGGUUAGCACAGAGCGGAUAGCAGCAGGCCGCAGGGAAUAUGUAACGCGUGCGUCACCAUGACGACCAAGUUCAGCAAGACGUACACGCGGAAGGGCGGCGAGGCGAACUCGAAGUUCGAGGAGGUGUUCGGUAACAGGAAAGCCACGCUGAGUACCAAAUGGGGAGAGACGACGUAUAAAGCACAGCUGGGAUCCAGACGCCCCGCCCACACGCCUGCCGCGCCCGACACAUCCGCGCUGCACAAAAAGCCCCGCCUCGAGCGCGAUGACGAGGAGGACGACCCGUUCGGCUUCGACAGCGAUGAUGAGGAGCAGAGCGAGACGUCCCGAGGGUCGGAGGCAGAACAGAACGCGAAGGGCGGAGCCAGCGCAGCCCCGCCCGCUCAGAGCCCCUCCCCCGCCAUCACUGGAUCUAAACCCAUGUCACACACAGCUAAUUUAAAACCCGCCCCUAAAGACUCAUACGGUUUUGUAGAUUGUUUGCGCGAGAGUUCCCCAUCUGAGCUCACAGAGAGCACGUCCGCACAAACCGGCACCGUGUCGGACAAUUCCAGACCUGCCGAACAGGAAGCCGGAGCUUCCGAGACGGCGGAGGAGCCGAUCGACUUCGAGCAGCUUCCUCUGAUUAAACCGGCGAGAGACCGCAUUUACAGAAGGGCCGGGAAGAAAGGAGAACCGGAGAACUCCCAGAAUUCCCAACUGUCAGGAGAAAACAACAGCAAUAAACCCGUCGUCGCCGCCACCAUCUCCGCGAGCGUGUCUGCGCCUGGGGCGUCGGGGGUGAAAGGUCGCGGACGCGUGAGGGAUUACACGCUGCUGCAUCCAUCGUGUGUAUCGGUGUGUAACGUCACCAUCCAGGACUCCAUAGAACGCAGCGUGGAGGAGUGUGUGAGCACCGCGCCAUCCGAUCUGGGGGACGCCGGGACGUUCCGGAGAAAGACGGACGCCCAGCCUCCCAAGUACAGCAGGCAUCGUCCCACUAAGUCUAAGCUGGAGUGCAAGCUGGAGUUUUUCGGCUUUGAGGACGGAGUGUGUGAGGACGGAGACACCGAACCUGGCACCAGCUACAAGAUAAAAUACUUCGGCUUUGACGAGCUGAGCGAAAGCGACAGCGAGGACGAUGAUGACCGGCCCGGGAAGAAGAAGAAAAAGAAGAAGAAGGACGCUGAGGAGACGAGGAUGGCGGCGGCGGACAGUCCUCAGAUCAGUGACUCUCCGGAUCUUACACACGCCCACACAGAUCCUCAGGAGUGGCAGGAUGAGACGGGCUCUGCCGGUCCAGACUCACUGAGAGACCGAGCGGGAAAACACACCGACAAAACCAUCAGCCGCAAAAUCUUCAGAAAGAUUCCUACUAAAGCGGUGUACAACGCUCGUCACUGGAAUCAGCCUGAAGCGGAGGAAGCUCCUCCCACCUCACACAGUGACAUCACACCUAAGCCGAGUCCGUCAAACGUGAACAAAGACAUGAAUUCUGUAAAAGACGACACCGUGUUUAAAGCCCCACCACCUCCCCCUAAAGUCACUAAAUCAGUGACUCCGCCCACUGAGCCCCACCCACACACUACCACUGCAGAACAAAAGGAGCUGUACACAGUUGUCCAGCACGUGAAGCACUUUAACGACGUGGUGGAAUUCGGAGAGAACCAAGAAUUUACUGACGACUUUGAGUAUCUGGAGACGGGACUAAAGAGCACACAGCCUCUACACACACGCUGCCUUAGUAUAAUCAGUUUAGCCACACGCUGUGCCAUGCCGAGUUUCCGCAUGCAUUUGAGAGCGAGAGGAAAAGUGGCUCAGGUGUUCAACAUGCUGAGCGACGCACCACAACAUCCGAACCUGGCAUUGUGCACGGCAGCUCUGCUCUACAUUCUCAGUCGGGACCGGCUCAAUAUGGACCUGGACCGUGGCUGUCUGGAGCUGAUGAUCCGUCUGCUGGAGCUGGAACAGGACGAGUCUGAGGAUCAUCAGAGCAAAGUGAAGGAGAAAAUACAGAAACUGUGUGAAACUGUACACAACAAACACCUGGACCUAGACAACAUCACUACGGGUCACCUGGCGAUGGAGACUCUUCUCUCACUGACAUCUAAAAGAGCAGGAGACUGGUUUAAAGAAGAGCUCCGGUUACUGGGGGGACUGGACCACAUCAUAGAUAAAGUGAAAGAGUGUGUGGAAAACCUAGAUACAGAUGAUGAUCAUGAGAACCUGGUGGCCUCAUUAUGGGGAGCAGAGCGCUGUUUACGAGUUCUCGAGAGUGUGACGGUUCAUAAUCCAGAGAAUCAGUCCUACCUGAUUGCUUACAAAGACUCACAACUGAUCAUCUCGUCAGCCAGGGCCCUGAGGCAUUGCGAAUCCAUGAUUCAUCUCUACUGCCGUGAUGUCAUCAACUCUAGUGCCGCCUCUGCUCACAGUAACCAUAGCAACGUGGGAAAAGCAGUGGAGGAUUGUAUGAGGGCGGUGCUGGGGGUGAUGCUGAACCUCACACAUGAUAAUGAGUGGGGCAGCACUAAGAUGGGCGAGCAGGAUGAACUGAUCGUGACUGUGCUGAACAGUGUGCUUAAAGUUCCUCAGUUUCUCCCUCAGGAGCAGAGAUUUGACAUCCGUGUGCUCGGUCUGGGUCUGCUGAUAAACCUGGUGGAGUACAGCUCCAGGAACAGACACUGUCUGGUAGAACUGGAGGUGGAUUCGAGCUUUCUGCCGGAGACGGAGAAAGACAGGAGGAUGGAGGGAGAGAAGGAAGCGCAGAAGGUCAACAAGGAGAUGGAGGAUAUGAAGGAGAAGAGACCGGACGCGAAAGAAAGUGCUCUCGCUGCACUGGUGCAGUUCUUCCUGGAGCGCGAGAGAGCGGCCGUGCUGGCCGAGGCGCAGGCUGAUGAUAUCAUCAGCGAGGCACCGAAGCCUCAGGCGGAUGAGAGCGGGCAGUGGCAGGUGACGAGCGGAGAGAUGCAGUGGGUCGCCUCAGAAAAUAACACGGACGACAAGAAGGAGAAGGAGAAAGAGGAAGAGGAGGAGGAGCUCGAUUUUAAUAAAGUCCUGCAUCAUGCUGGGAAACACAUGGAGGACAGUAUAGUGGCGUCAUACACUGCGCUGCUGCUGGGGUGUGUGUGUCAGGACAGUCCGGUGAAUGUAACGGCUGUGAGAGACAGCCUGCCUAAAGGAGAUUUCUCCAUCAUGACUGAGAUGCUGAAGAAGUUCCUCAACUUCAUGAACCUGACUUGCGCAGUGGGCACCACAGGACAGAAAUCCAUCUCCCGCGUCAUCGACUAUCUGGAGCGCUGUUAGCAGGAUUUCAGAGGAGCUGGCAACUCCAAAGUCUGUAAACAUCAAUAUGGAGACACUUUUAUCUCUCUCUCUCUCUCUCUCACACACACACACACACACACACACACACACCUGUUCAAUUAUGAGCUGUUGCUUUUCAUUUUUAUUUAAAUUGCUCCAUUUUUUUUUUAAUUCCAUCAAUGGUGAAUUAAUGGCGUCUAAAUAAUUGUUUGGAAAUUUCAAAAUAAUGACAUAUGUCCAGCGAACAUUUCAAGAAUGAGUGAAAAUAAUGAAUUAUUUUUCAAAAAUAAUAAAAAAAAAAAAAAAAAAAGAAUAAUAUACAAAGUAUAGAAUUAUUUAAGUGGAGCUUAUUGGGUGUUAAACAGGAUUUCUCAACAGGGAGAAUAAAUUCUACGUUUUAAUUUCAAAAGUCUGUAUGUGUAUGUUCUGCAGUGGCCAGAAAUAAAAAUGCACGCAACGAACGGGAUUAUACUAAAGAAAAUAUUUCAAUACGUGAUUUAGGGUUUGAGCAGUACCUGCAAAUCAUGCGGUGUUUAGUUUAUUAUUUAAAAAAAAUAAUAAUAAUGGCACCUGGAAUUGAUUUAAUUUCAUUAUUUCACACGUCUGAAUAUAAGAGCAGUAACACGAACGCACACUGUUCGUCUCGGGAAUUUUUUCGAAGAGCAAAAUUAAGGAAUUAAAUUUAAGUUUUGGCAUCGAUAUAAUUUCAUUAUUAUCAUUAUUCUGAAUUUUUAGUUUUUAAUAAAUAUUUCAGAAUCAUGCUUUAAUCACACUUAGAGCCAGCGUUAGAGUUUUAAGGUGGUAUUGUUGAUGGAGAUGCACAAUCAUUCAGUGAGGCCCUGGUGUGAAACUGUUCCACCUUAAGAUAUAUGAUAAAGUGUGUGUGUGUGUGUGUGUGUAAAUUAAAGGUCACAAGACACAUUUUCACAUUAAUUAAAUAUGUUCUACUUUGACUGGAACUAAACAAUUUCACCUUAAAUGUUCUAUUAUUAUUAAGAAAAGGAGGGCUCAUUUUUUGUGGGGGGUUUUUCGGUAUAGCUCAAGAUUUCAGCUUGAAGCAGCAGCAUGUAAUGUCUAGAGCCUUCCACCAGACCACGCCCCUUUCUUAUGCUACUGUACACAUCACUAGCAGGAUAGCUUCUUUUUUUUUUUUUUUUUUUUUUUUUUUUUAAGAGGGCGGGGCUUAGCGCUAAAAGGAAGCCUGAAAUGAAGAAACUAUUCAGAUCCAAAAAUAUCAAUAUUACUUUCUGCACCUUUAAAGAACAAUUGCAAUUUUAUUUGAGACUUCUCAUCCUUUGCAAACAGUUGUACCUGAAAUAGAUUUUUUAAAAAUUAAUUAAUCAAUUAAUUUCAAGCAAUUCUCACCAUUUCAUGAUUUUUAUUGUUUUUUUUUUUGUUUGUUUGUUUUUCCGUAUAUAGAUUUUAGAUUAUUUUAGUUUGCUGUAUUUUGGAUCUUUGGCAUGACACUGAAUCGAUUCUUUGACGUGUUUUACCUUUUAAGUUGUGUUGUAAAAUAAAAAAUGAUGCCUUAAAAAAAAAAAAAAAAAAAAAAAAAAAAGCCUCUUAGGAUAAAUAGAUUGGUGUACAAUUAAGCAAAACUACAGCUCGAACGUACGGGUUUGAUCGAUUCCACCCUGAAACUUCCGUCUUUUAUUUUCAGAUCGUAAAGAAUUCGAUCAGUUCGUGUUUCGGUUCCGUUUAAUCCGUGACGAACUAAACAAACUAACUCGAAUAAUAAGCGUCCUGUUUCUCUCCGAGCCAUACCGAGUUACUAUUCUCUCCGGGUUUUUAAAGCCGCAGCAGUCCCGCGCGGGUUUUGUGUUGAGAUGAAAUGGAGUGGGUUGUGAGUGGAAUUAAAGGUGUGUGUAAAUGUAAAUAUUUUGUGUAAAUAUCGCUGACAAUGUUCCACUGAAUGCUCAGUGGGGGUUUUCCUGAAUUUUUUGUUUUAUACAGUUAGUUUUUUUUUUUCUUGGUUAUUGCAGGAUAUAAAUAAAAUUCUAUAUAUAUAUAUAUAUAUAAAUGUAUGUAUAAACACUUUCUACCCGGUUUUGCGCAGAAUCUUGUCUUUGGUUACCUGUAAAUAAUUCCACCUUUAAUAAAAGCAUUGAUACUUUA